AUGGUUGAACAGUUUCAUUGGACUAUGACUGACGUCCACCAAAUGUCUAGAAGUUACGUAAGAAAAACCACGCCCAAGUACGACAUUGACGAUCUUCGUCGUGUAGCUGAAGCAAAAGGAGCACUUUGGGUGAAGCUGCUACUAAAUAUUCGGUACCUAAAACUACAUUAUUUAAACAAAUUUGCUGAAGCUAACAAAUUAAAUCACGGAUUCAACAAAGAAUUUCAAUUAGCAGAAGCUACUUCAUAUAAUAUAAUAACCGCUUUUAAUGCCACUGAAGUGAAACUAGAAGCCCUGCAACCAAGACACAAUUUUUCUGUUCAUCAACUUUUUAAUAUUGACGAAACAGCUCCAAAAGGUUUAAGACAAGUAGCAAAAGCGACAAGUGGAGAGCGUGGUGUUACAACAACCAUUGUUUAUGCUGCUAGCGCCAAUGGUACAUAUGUACCCCCUAUGUUCAUCUUCAAAAGAAAAAGAAUGAGCGAGCUAUUACUGAAGUGCUGUAAUAGAGAUAUGAUUGCCACAGUUUCUGAUUCUGUUACUUCUAAAGGUUCAACAGACGAACAGUGA